GUAUCUAAUUAUCGGGUUUCGCUUUCGCUAUCGUUUCCAGCUUCCAACGCUACAUACCAUACACAAACCUGCAUCCCCAUACACUUUGAGAUCGGCGAACAUGCCGUUAUUACCUACCUAGGUAUUCAUUGGGAACAACAGACCCAGUAGUUUGGUUCGGAGAUUUAGCUUCGGUGUGACAGCCUUACCUCUCUUAUGGGGUCUUAUGAGGUUAAUAGACUUAUAAAAGGCCUGCUUGAUCCUCCAUCUCUCUCUCUUGAGUCUCUUCUACCCGCAAUAGUUUUUUCAAGGACGAAUGAAGUUAGCACCGGCCCACCUACACCUAGGUAAAUACGACAGUAGCCACAGGCCUAUAAGAAGAUGAAUUGUGGCAAACGGGCUUAUCGCGCUGUGCCGCGCCGCAUUUGGAUCGGUCCGUUCGAUCCUAACGGAUUCAUGCUGAUAGACGCUUCCCCAUCUCUAGUCGGCAUCGUCAGUUGAAUAGCCUCAGGCUCGCAAUGAAUCAAUUCAGGCUGGCAUCAUAACUACGAUGAACCAGCGGGGACGCAAGACCAAGCUUAAAGAUAUUCUUAGUGCUAACGUGGUAGCUCAAGUCAUCGCGAGACUCGUAACUCGCUGAGAUCAGGCCUUAGCGUUCUCGAAACUACUCCAGUCUUAUCGGUAUGAACGACAGUAGCACGCAAGAGCACAAGCCACGCGGUCCGCGGCUCUAUCAUAAAAAGUCUCGUAACGGAUGUACGCGGUGUAAGCAGAGACGAGUCAAGUGUGAUGAAAUUCGACCAAGCUGUGGCUCUUGCUCAAGACAUGCGGUUGAGUGCGUGUAUUUGACUACGAGCCAGGCGUCUUCAGCAGCCUCUAGGAGAUCAACGUCGGCUACCCGGCAUGAUAGUAGGCUAACCGGCCACUCCCCAGCUUCCGGCAGCAAGUUAGCACCUACUUACGACGACGUUUCACGUCGGUCGCCAGUGAAUAGUGCGCCGGGUCUUUUCAGCAAUGACAUUAAGCCGGUGGUAUACUCACCAAAUGGCCCAGGAUUUUACUCCUCGCCGUCUUCAUCUUAUGUUACCCCUGCGGAUGACGGCUCAGAUGCCGAUAUCGACCUACCCGAGGGACCAUGGCGACGAUUCUGGGAACUACGCUUACUAUACAAUUACUAUACGAACAUGUCGCAACCGUUCUCUAUACCACAAAGCCAGGAGAUCGCACGCAUGUGGCAACACGAAAUCCCCGAGCUAGCCACACGCAUGGCAGUUCAGCAAAAUCGAUCCGCCUUGCUUUACGUGAUAUUUGCUAACUCGGCCUUAUACCUCUGGAAGGAAAGUACAGAUAAACAGGAGCGAAUCGAACUUAUGAAAUUGCAACAGGUUUACCAUACCAUGUGCAGCAGAGAACAGCGGCGCGAUAUCGACGAUUUAUUGCUGAGGACGUCUCAAAAUGCUCUCUUCAUCUGCUUCACGAGUAUUCGGAUGGUGGUACAUUCGAUAGGCCUGGUUCAAACAAUGACCGUAGAUCCUUGGGAGCCCCCAGUCCAGUGGCUGUAUAUGGGCCGCGGUGCGAGCGAGAUAUUAAAUAUCACGGCUGAAAAAUUGGCCGAUCCAGAGGAGGCCCAGAGGAUAGCGGCGUUUGAGAAAGGACCACCAGAUUUAAGUAAUCAUAAGGAGUUGAUUACUUAUGAUCAUAGUUCGCUCGACUGGCUCCUAGAACAUCCCGCCGGACCCGAAUCGAAUGCGGCGCAAGAGGACCACGAACUAGACGAUGAAAAUGUGAGAUGGGUAUACGAAAGCGCUAUGUCGUACAUAUGCGUCAUACACAAAGCAAUUGCCGAUGGUGAACAAGAUUUUGCUGUUGUAAGGAGGUUCGGCCGCUUUGCUAUCUACGUGCCCGCCGAGUUCACCAAAUUCGUAGAGGAAAGAAGACCGAGAGCUAUGGUGAUAUUGGCACAUUUUAUGGCCCUGUGGAUAGGCCUCGAACACAUAUGGAUGAUCGGCCGAGCUGGCGAGUUGCAGGUCAGGGGCAUAUAUAAGGCGUUGCCGAUAGAAUGGAGCAGCAAGCUUGACGGCCUAGUUGCGAGGUUGAAGCCGCCGGAAGUAGGUAGGUCAAGUUAGAUAUUUACUAAGUAGCAAACCCUGGCUUGUAAAUUAAGACAUGGGAACAUGGCAAUAUGCUAUGUAAUAUAAUCGCUGUUACUGAUAUUUUAUUAAUAUCAACUUAUAUGCCCUAGGGUACUGUUCUCAACUAA